AUGGCUGCCGAAUGCGUGAUUCGGUAUUUGGAUCACAUCCGAGACUCCGAAGGUGUCCAAGCGAUGGAUUGCGCCUGGAAACGCAUCCAGGCAGGUUUCGUGUUCUGCGGCGAUGCUAGUUCUAGCUCCACCAACGCUGUAGCCACAGACCCCUCGAUACAUAUCCCCAACCCGGACUUGGAGUCGGACUUGCUCAAUAUCUUCGCUUCCAAAGUGAAAGCAGCUCGAGGCAUCCACUGCACAAGUAAAGCCAGACUUGGGUCCCGUACCAUGGUCGAUUGGCUUGACCCAGCUUCUUUCCAGUCACCGGAAUGGCAAAAGGAUUUCCUACGGAAUCUGACCGAAGCCCGACCCUGGGUAUACAAGGGCGACAGUCAGAAGAGUAAACUUGUUCAGGAACUCCGCUGGGGAGGUCGCAUGUUUGGCUGCUUUACUGAUCGAGAGCUCGGCGUGCUAGAGCGAUGGGUUGAUACACUCUGCUAUACGAAUGUCGAUCAUAUACGCAUAUCUGACGAGGAGAAGGAGUUCAGCGUCACUACUGGCACUACCAAUCAAGACAAUAUUUACCUCAACAACGCCAGCCACCUCAAGGCUCCUCCAGCCAUUCUGCCGACAGAGCCAGGUAGUUUAUCACGUUCGGUCCCAAUACGGUUUAGGUUACCCAAUCUACUGCCUCUCUGGUUCAUGCAUGGCUGUCUGUUGGAGGGAUUUGUCUACGCACCAGCCUUGACGACUAGUGAAAUGGGGUGUGCCGUCAUACGGAUUCUACGUGCUCAGAUGGGGUUUGCCAGAGAGGGGCCCGUGGCUGCGGGGAUGGAUGAGAUGUCACGCACUGACUCACCCGGGAUUGUCGAGAUGGGCCUGGAACUUAUGAGGCGCUUGGAGCUCCCGUCGCCUGGUAAUAUAACGGAUAUCCUACAGGCGUAUCCCUCUGCCUUUGCCGAACGAAUGAACCGCUAUGCCAUGGCUCCCGUGGCCAACCUCCCACUGCUACUGGGCAUACUACUGGCAUUCAUCGAACUGCAAGAGAAGGUUGUAAUAUCGGAUCUCUUGUCUCCAGAAACCUCCGAUAGAUUGGCCGACAUAGUCUUACGUGAGCGAGACAGCCUGCAAGUAUGCUGCACAGAGCUUGAACAAGACCGUGGCCAGUACGCGACGUUUUGCAGUGGAUAUCAAAUGGGGAGAGCAAACGUGGAUAGUUGUCUGGAUGAGAAAUUAUGA